AUGUGGCCAAUAUCGAGUAUCGCGACAAGGGCAUAUGCAGCGCGCAAUUUUUGGGGUGGACAACUCGAAGAUAGAGGCGAUAUGGCUUCACAUGUACUGAAAAUGGCGGAAAAUGAGGACGGCGCUGCUAAUUUUGCAUUGUUAUCCCUGGUAUCUACUGAAUACACGGGCCGCUGCAACUCGAACGAGGACUGCUGGCCUAACAACCAACAGACGUGCUCUGACUUUGGCUUCUGCCAGGGGCCCUCCACGGCUUUUGCCUGUCCGAAUGGGAAAGACUCCGACUGCGAGAUUCAGGGCAUGAAGUGUUUCAACACGUCGUGUGCCUGGCCGACGGCAAAU